UCGGUACCCGUUCAACUCAUUCUUUCUGUCACAAGCAGUGGUCAAGAUCGGCCCUGCUUAGAAAAUAAAAAUCCUGUUACAUCUUAUCCUGGACCAGUUAAAUUACAUCUAAAAUUAUGUCUGGAAGUUGGAAUAAUAGCCGUGGUAGCGGCGGUUCCAAGUUUGGCGGUGGUAGUAAAUUCGGGAGCAGCAAUGGCUCUUCGAGAUUUAGCAAUGGAGGCUCGAAGUUUGGGGGUGGCGGUGGUGGUGGCCGCUUCGGCGGCGGUGGCGGCGGAUACGGCGGCGGGGGCAGGAAGGAGUUCACCGGAGGCCAGAACAUGCGCCGCCCCAACUGGGAAGACCUCACCUUACAACCAUUCAACAAGAAUUUUUAUAAUCCACAUCCUUCAGUACUCAACAGAUCACCCUAUGAUGUGGAAGGGUACAGAAAUCAACAUGAAAUCACCGUUAGUGGUGUAGAAGUCCCCAAUCCUAUUCAGCAAUUUGAAGAAGGCAAUUUCCCUGAUUACGUCAUGAAUGGCAUCAAAAGCAUGGGUUAUAAAGAACCCACUCCUAUUCAGGCACAAGGCUGGCCUAUUGCCAUGUCAGGGAAGAACUUAGUCGGAAUUGCCCAGACUGGUUCUGGUAAGACUUUGGCUUACAUUCUACCUGCCAUUGUUCACAUCAACAACCAGCAACCAAUCCGGCGCGGAGAUGGGCCUAUUGUGCUGGUUCUUGCACCAACCAGAGAAUUGGCGCAACAAAUACAGCAAGUGUGUACCGAUUUUGGUAAUGCAUCAUAUGUACGCAAUACUUGCGUAUUUGGUGGGGCACCGAAGAGGGAGCAGGCGCGUGACUUAGAAAGAGGUGUAGAAAUCGUCAUUGCAACACCUGGAAGACUAAUUGAUUUCUUGGAAAAGGGAACCACCAACCUCCAGCGUUGCACAUACUUAGUUCUUGACGAAGCUGACCGCAUGUUGGACAUGGGUUUCGAACCUCAAAUUAGAAAGAUCAUAGACCAAAUUCGCCCAGACAGGCAAACUCUCAUGUGGUCUGCCACCUGGCCCAAAGAAGUGAGAAAACUAGCUGAAGAUUACCUAGGAGAUUAUGUUCAGAUCAACAUUGGAUCACUUCAAUUAUCUGCUAACCACAAUAUUCUACAGAUUGUAGAUAUUUGCCAGGAACAUGAGAAGGAAAACAAGUUAAAUGUUUUGCUUCAAGAAAUUGGCCAGAGUCAAGAACCAGGUGCCAAAACUAUCAUAUUUGUUGAGACCAAGAGGAAAGUAGAAAAUAUUACCAGAAAUAUCAGACGGUAUGGAUGGCCUGCAGUGUGCAUGCAUGGAGACAAAACACAGCAAGAGAGGGAUGAAACAUUGUACCAGUUCAAACAAGGCAGAGCUAGCAUUCUUGUAGCAACUGAUGUUGCAGCCAGAGGACUUGAUGUGGAUGGUAUCAAAUACGUUAUAAAUUUUGACUAUCCCAACUCAUCCGAGGAUUACAUUCACCGUAUUGGCAGAACUGGGCGCUCAAAAACGAAAGGAACAUCUUAUGCCUUUUUCACGCCCUCAAACUCUCGCCAAGCCAAAGACCUCGUAUCAGUACUCGUGGAGGCCAAUCAGGUGGUGAGCCCUCAACUGCAAACAAUGGCCGAUCGUUGCGGCGGCGGCGGUGGCGGAUGGAACCGAAGCCGCUUCGGAGGCGGCCGCGGGGGUGGCGGCACCUUUAAGCGCGGAAGCAAUUUCGGAAGGGGAAAGCCUCAAGGAGGCGGUGGUGGCGGCGGUCAUAAACGGUUCAAUGAAUAUUAAAUUAUUUUAGCAGAUAACUAGGUUUAAAUUAAUUUAGAAGCGAAUCCUCAUAGGAGUACUGUUUUGUGUGAAAGUGUAGUUUCUGAUUGUAUGGAUGUAUUGAUUUGUCGUUAGUUAAUUUAUUUGAAGGUUUCUUGCGCCUUAUCCAAUACAAGAUAUUUAAGUAUUUUUUUAUUGCACUGUGAUAAUUUGUUAAGCUGUGUUUCUAGUGAGGAUUAGCUAAAUAUCAUAACAAAUGUAAAUGUCCGUGUAUGUGGAUAGCAUACUUUCAUCUUUACACAC